CACCUAUUGAUUAAAUGUACGGAAGAUCGAGAAUGCGAAGAGAUUUGGCCCGGGUCCACCUGUCAACGAGCUCGAUGUCGAUGUCCUGAGAAUUAUGUGAGACGGAAAAGUCCCAGUAGAGAAUGGGUGUGCUUGUCAGUGAAUGAUGCAGCCACUGGCCAGGUUGGACCUCCACUUACCUGUCCCCUUCCGGAUGGUGCUGGUUAUCAAGUCAUACUACGUGGUAGUUCUACCAACAACCUACUCAGUCCUCCCGUCCUGUGUUCAUCGAAAACCAACGACUGCGAGACUGGAUACGAAUGCAUUCAAGGGCUGUCCCCAGUUGACGGCCUCGACGGAGCUUGUUGUCCAGAUCAGAUAACGACGUGUGCUCACCCCAUAUUCGACCACGAAUCCGGUACACUGGAACGUUGGGGAUUCGACGGAUCCGAGUGCGUUCGGUUCAAAUGGGAUCCAGAAAAACCUUCUUCAGCUAACAAUUUCAAAACUAAGUUACAAUGUGAAAGUUAUUGUGUAAAUAUAUUUGCCUAA